UAGCCACGUCACCAAUAGGUAAAAUCCAGUCAACGUCGUCAAGUAAAUCUAAGUGGUUACAGUUGCAGUAGUGGUUGCAGGUGCAGCUGAUCGAAAUUCAGGAGCAGGUUCUCUGCAUACUGCGGCAGUUUAAUACUUGAAUGAUGAAUAUUGAAAAACUUACACUUUCAUUGUUCUCUCUGUACCUGUAUAUAAACACCCAAUUCACCAAUUACCAUCCUAUUUAGAGAGAGAGAGAGAGAGAGAGAGAGAGAGAGAGAGGGAGAGGGUUCUUGCUGGCCGGAGAAACGCCCAAGGAUCUUGCUUCAAACAUGCCAGGGGAUGAUAUUGAAAGAGGAGGAGGAGGAGGAGGUGGAGUGAAGAGCAGAACAAAUAACAGCUAUCCAUCGUCGUCUUCAUCUUAUUUAAUUGAAGAUAGAGAAACCCAAUGGACGUCAUGGCUCGUGCCUAUGUUUGUGGUAGCAAAUGUUGCUGUCUUUAUUGUUGUCAUGUACAUCAACAAUUGUCCUAAGCAUUUUCAUUCUCGGUUCGAAGGGAACUGCGUUGCAAGGUUUCUUGGGAGGUUCUCUUUUGAGCCCUUGAGAGACAAUCCUCUCUUUGGUCCUUCCGCCACGUAACUAAAUUUUCUUCCUUCCUCUGCUUUAAUUUUCUUUCCUUCUCUGUUCUCUUCCUUGAAUGCUUCUGAGGAAUUUUGGACUUUUAUGGAUGAGUUUUUGUUGGAUUUAUACGUUUUAAAACAUCAACCUUUGUACUCUUAAUUACAAUUUCUAUGAUGGGAUUGCUCUGACGUAUUGCUAAAUUACUUUGAAUUAGUCUCGUUAGCUUUUGAAUAUCUUAAAUUCAGAGUGGAAAACUCAACGGUUUGUGAAUAAUUUUGGUUGUAUCACAUUCUGUUACCUGUGGUUCUUAAUGGAUUUUCAUAGUUCAAAUGCCUGGCAGUGAAACUCAUUUCUUCAGUAUCAGGUGUCUUCUACUGAAUCUAAAUACAUAUUUAUUGGUUCUUCAUUAAUCUUCCUUGAGGUGAAUGCUAUCUGACAUAAAUUUUUGUAUUUUUGGCUGUGUUGGACACUACAUAUUUUAGUGAUGCUCUCAUUUCUCAGUUUGUCAUUGUCUUCGCAAUAAUAAAGCUAAAUGAAAGUAGAAGGAGCAUUGUUUAAUUGAUUUGUUUUUCCCCUUUCCUUUUUCUCUCUUUUGGAUCAAAGAUUGAGUGGGAAAAAGUUGUACAAAAGCACCAGGGAUGGAGGCUUCUUACUUGUGUUUGGCUGCAUGUGGGUAUUAUCCAUCUUCUUGCAAACAUGCUGUGCUUGGUCUUCAUUGGUAUUCGCCUUGAGCAGCAAUUUGGCUUUGUUCACAUUGGUAUUAUCUAUCUGUUGUCUGGAUUUGCUGGGAGUGUGCUCUCCUCUUUGUUUAUCAGAAACAGCAUUUCUGUCGGUGCCUCUGGUGCACUUUUUGGGCUUCUAGGAGCAAUGCUUUCUGAACUAAUUACAAACUGGACCAUUUAUACUAACAAGGCUGCAGCACUUUUUACACUUUUAGUCAUCAUAGCCAUCAACCUUGCAAUUGGAAUUCUUCCACAUGUUGAUAAUUUUGCUCAUAUUGGUGGAUUUUUGGCCGGGUUUCUCCUUGGCUUUAUUUUGCUGCCUCGUCCUCAUUAUGGAUGGUUAGAGCGUCGAAAUCUUCCUGCCGAUGUUGGUGUGAAAUCGAAGUACAAGGCAUACCAAUAUUUGUUAUGGCUGGUUUCUCUGAUUCUCCUAAUUGCAGGAUUCACAGUUGCACUGGUGAUGCUUUUCCGGGGAGAAAAUGGGAAUGAUCACUGCCAUUGGUGUCACUACUUGAGCUGCGUACCCACUUCCAGAUGGAACUGUGAAGAAAACCAGCUCUAGAUGUUUUGUUGGGGGCUUCAUGGUUCUCUUGUUUUCUGUUUCUCAUGUAAAUGCAUAGCAGUAGCUUAGGACCCCACUAGGUUUGCUUACUUAACUUUCUCUAAACCUGAGAAACUGUUCUUGUAAUUGCAUUUGUAUUUGAAUUCCGGCCAUUCAAUAUAAUAGAAUUCUCAUCUGUAAAUCUUACAUGUAGCCAUUUCGCUGAUUGCUUGGGUGCGCAUAUUUUGUGUUUCAGUAAGGAACGGUUGCAAUUGUUUUUCAGUCAUAAUAAUAAUUUUUUAUUUUUUGUAAUUA